AUGCUGGCGGUGAGUCCGUUGUUCCUCGUUCUGGCAAUCAAACUCUUCUGUCCAUCCGAUGCGAUAACCCCCACGAAAUCGACGAAUGACACCGUGGGACGGUCCAAACGUGAUUUCGAGACGAAGUACCUGGUCUUUCCGCAAGGAAGCAACGUUCAACUGGUGUACUGUUUGACCAUGAACACUUAUGCGAAGCCAUCCGGAGACUACACGAUUGGAAUCACCGCUGGCCAAGCUUGGGAGUUGCCUAGCAAGAGCAUGUUCUCAAAAUACAAAGACUAUAAUCGUAGAAGCAGAAGAGAACUGUAUAGCAAGAUAGAGCUGUUGCUGGGAACUCAGGGCAAGGACGGAAGGGGCUGCGUACUCAAGGCAAUCUGCACGGCGGCCGCCAGAAGUCGAACGGAGAUUGGCAGAGCCACCUUCUUCGAGGAAAUUCUCCACGUCGUGUUCGCAUUGCCUGGCAAUUUCGACGACACGGAUACCGUGACCGAGUACGAGAGAGCUUACUUCCAGCAAGAGAAGUGCGACGAAAUGGAAGACAGGUGUCCAGACGUCUUCUAGGAGAUAGGGUCCUUAUUCUUAAUUUUCCAAAUGAACAAUAAGAAUCACAGUGUGCAGCGAAAACCUUUCGAAAACUCGAAUGAGGGUGAACAUUUGUCUAUUAUUCCCUAGGGAGAUGUUUCUGGGUCCUUGUGAAAAUAUACGUGAAAGAUAACUAAAAUAAAAUAU